AUGGAAGUAGACGUAAAAAACACGAUCGAAACACACAAAAUCGGAACAACACACACUCUUUUCUCGCUCCCUCUUCCCGCCGCUCCACUCGCCAGACUGGUAGGGUGAGUCCGCCCACUCUGACAGUCUGGAAUUUUUGUUCCCUUCUAGACAAUCUGAGGGGCAACCGACCGGAAUGGAGGAUGGUGCUAGUCGCUCGGGCACUGGCGGUCCACAAGGUGAAAAUCGCUGCGAAACCCGGUUCUCCGAACAAGGUAAACUGGAGGAGGUUGAUUCUGGCUACUCUUUCUUCUGGGACGGCCGUCCUAAGGCAGACCGACGGGACGCGGGCGUUGUCUUUCCCAUCCGGAACGACAUCGUGGGACGACUGCCUUGUCUGCCCCAGGACAUCAACGGACGUCUGAUGAGACCGGCCUGCCUCUCGAGGCGGCAAAUUCGCCACCAUCAUCAGUGUCUACGUUCUCCCGACGACCCACCCCGACGACGGGAGGAAUAA